AUGCAGGACACCCAGCCAAAGGCAGCUGUCCGCAAGCUCAAGGAGGGCGAGGUGCUUGAGGUUCUGAGCUGGCCGAAGAAGCACGAGGAGUCUGGCCUGAUGAGACUGCGAGUGAAGGCAAAGAUGGAUGGAGCCAUAGGCUGGAUGACCCAGAUUGCGAAGGCGGCUGAUUCGCUGUUGAGAGCGAUCAAGGAGGUGGCCUCAAGUGCGCGCACACUGCGCAUGCUGAGUUCUGAAGAGCGCUCAAGCUGCGUGUCGACAAGCGAGCCUGUGCAUGAGGCGCAGAAUGUGCAGCAAUCCUUGAGCUCAAGGGUGGUGCUCCUGGAAACUGAGCUGAAGGUGGACCUUCAAGCUUCCUUCCUUGAUCUUGCUUCCAGUUCCAUUCAGGCUGCUUGUGGUACAGUCGACGAGUUUUUCACGCUGCCUAACUUUGGCAUUAAGGGCCUCAUUUCUUUUUUUCAUUGUGCAGCUGCAGCCAUGGGCAACGCAGUCUCGUCUCAGGCUCUGCUGAAGACAGCAGUGCCUGCUUUGCACUUGGUUGUGUUGGGAGGGCUUGCUGCGGCCUGGCAGUUCUGGUUGAGUCAUACUGGCUCCCACAAUCAAAGUCCACGAAGCUUGAAAGAUUCAGAGGCAAACACAGGAGUAGCACCAGACAACGAGCACAGAUUGGGCCAAGCAAAGAAUGACUUGGAAGAUCUGGCUUCAAGUUUACAUGUUCGGCCACCCCUGUUAGGCUUGGGCGAGGUUCUCAGGAAAAUCAGAGGACAGCAGGUUGAUUCUGAAGCAGAGACACUCGCCACAGAAGCUGCACUACUUCCAGGCAAGCAGCGUAUUCACGUGAAAACCUUUGGCUGCCCGCACAAUCAGUCCGAUGGAGAGUACUUGGCAGGACAGUUGAAGGACUACGGCUACACCUUGGUAGAGACUCUUGAAGAGAGCGAUGCCAUCGUGAUCAACUCUUGUACAGUGAAGCACCCUUCAGAGACAAGAGCUCUCAAUCUGGUCUCGAAUGCCCAGCAAGCUGGAAAGGGAGUUGUACUGGCUGGCUGCGUGCCCUCCAGUGACAAGAAGCUGGCGCAGACGCUUACGGGCGUGAGCAUGUUGGAUGUUACACAACUAGAUCGAAUCGUUGAGGUGGUCGAGGAAACUGUGAAGGGGAAUACUGUGCAACUCUUGGAGAAGCGAGGAGACUUGCCUUCCCUGGCUCUGCCCAAGGUGCGUAAACAUCGCUACGCAGAGAUCAUUACCAUCAAUGCAGGCUGUCUUGGCAAUUGCACAUAUUGCAAGACCAAAAUGUCGCGAGGUAAAGUUGUCUCAUACUCAAUCGAUGCAAUCGUUGCGCGGGCUCGGGAGGCUGCUAGCCAGGGCGUUUGUCAGAUUGAGUUGGCCUCAGAGGACAUGGGUGCCUACGGCCUGGACAUCGGGACGAACAUUGCCGAGCUUCUACUUCGCUUGUCUGACGCUUUGCCUCCACAUGUCAUGCUUCGCACGGGUAUGACUAACCCGCCUUACAUAAUGCAACAUAUAGACAGGAUCAUCGAGGUGCUUAACCGGCCCAAUGUGCACGCUUUCAUGCACAUACCAGUACAGUCCGGCUCUGACCAGGUCCUGAGGGCCAUGAGACGCGAAUACACAGUUGGUGAGUUCUCCUACCUUGCAGAUCGUCUUAAAGCCGGGGUUCCCGAGCUGUUCCUCUUAACUGAUAUCAUAUGCGGAUUCCCAACUGAGAGCGAGGAGGAUUGGAAGGAGACCAUGGACCUUUGCCGAAAGUAUCAGUUUCAAGGUAUCCACAUUUCGCAGUUCUACGCUCGACCUGGAACAGCAGCUGCCAGGCUGAAGCCACUGAAGAGCCACGUGGGUAAGGAUCGAUACAGAGAGCUGGCAGACUUAGUGACUUCCACAAACCGAAAUGAGGCUUUGAUGAGCCGAGAGGAGCGGGUGUGGUUUGCAGACACUGAGGAAGAGCGAUCCAAGGCUGAGCAAGGGCAGACCGUAGGUCGAACUAAGUCCUUUGCCAAGGUCCUCGUACCUCGUGAUGAUGCGUUGCUGGGUCGUAGCGCUCUGGUCCGAAUCACUUCUACAUGCCGACUGCAUGUGGAGGGCGAAGUUUUGGGCUGCGCAGGAGCAACGCUGCGCGCAGAAGAGGCCAGCACAUCGGGCAUGCGGACUUUUGCUCGUAGUUUCUUCCACCACGACAUGCGUGCGACAAGGGAGUUGGACAAAGUGGCGAAGCUGAACCAGAUGGCACCACUUGUUAGCCAGAUCGAUGUCUACAAGGCCAAGAUAAGGAACUACGCCGCCAAGUUUGAUGAGCUCGAAAACUCCGGGCUCAAGCUGGGCGGAGACGGUGGCAAGCGUCGCCGACUGGUUCGCUGCCAGCGGCCACCAGAGGCCUUGCAGAAUGUGCCCUCUCCAAGUCGUGCAGGCGAGCCUGCCGAUCGAGAUGAGACUGCGGAAGGAGAACAUAUUGGAGUGGCCGACGGAUCAAAGCAGGAGGCCUUGCCUAUUGGCCCACAACUACAUUCUCCCAAAGAACAAUGCAGAAAGGAUGAGAAAAGCUCCAAGCGCAUCCCUAUGGACCUUGCCGAGGGGAAGCUGAAGCCGCCUGAAGAACAGGGCGAAGCUCGCGAAGCGCAUCUACCAAAGGAGCUGACGGAAUUGAGGCAGAUAGCUGGCCUACGGAUCUGGGAGCCUCUGAAGCCGUUGCCGGUGCCUCCACCAGCCGAGCCGACAAGCGCAAUUGGCACAAUUGUUGCCUGGAAGCCUCCCAACGCAGAUCCUGGACAUCCGCAGCCGGUUGCUUCAACUAUGCCUCGCUUCAACUCGCGGUCCAACUUUGAAGCACAGCCACAGAUCCGCGCAGAGGCCUUGAAUGCUGCAUCCCCCGCCCAGGCGGCUCGCGGCCAGCCGUGCAGGUGUGUGGUUCGUGGGAAGGAGCAGCGCCUGGCUCUUCCGGGACAUGACUGCGAAAUGUGCCGCGGCUUCUACGCAGCCGCCGGCUUGAGUGGUGCCUGUGGAGCAGCCUCCGGACCAAAGUCGUCCAGGCACCGCUCCGAACACGCGCCAACCAGCACUCCACCAGGCUUCUGGGACUUGUCCUUCCCUGUUCACGCCGAGUCCACACCACAGGUCUAG